AUGGCCCCUCCUUUGAAACAUUGCAACCAAACAGAAAUGGCAAACCUCUCCUACUUCCUACAAAAUCCUAGGACGUCCCUUCCCCCAUGGGCUGGCCGCUACACCAAGGGGCCAAUACCUGACAAUUUGGAGACUGCCAAGACGUCUAAGAGAUGCUUCGACAACGGGGGCAGAGACCCCCGGGAUGCUUUUGUCACGUUUCUUUUUCAGCUAGGCUGCUAA